UUCCCCCUGCUGCUGCUGCUGCAUAUAUAUUAUUGUACAUACUUAAUGGAUGGAGGUUCCUGUCCUAUGCAAAAGCAAAAGAGAUUGCUUUGCUUUAGAGGAGUGAUUAAAGUUCAGAUAUUGGCUACUUCCAUCUCAAAGCAAAGCAAAGCAAAACAACUUCUUCUUCUUUUUUCCCUUAAAGAAAGAAAGAGAAACAAAAUUGAAUUUAUUUAGCAGAGUAGAGUGCAGCUUUCUCUUUCCAUUCAACAACACCAACCAACCAAUACACCCUUCUCUUUUAACUUUAAUAAUCCAUUACCAUAUAUAUGCAUACAUUCAUUAUAUAGCUAGCUAUCUGCUUCAAUCUCACUAAUUAUAUGAAUUGUAGAUCAUGGGAAAGACUUCAUGGCUGGAUGUUGUCAAAAAGGCUUUUGGGUCUCCAACCAAACACAUUCACACCGCCAAAACGAUCAAAGCCAGAAUGAGAGAUGAACAAGAAUCAGAAUCAGACCUCCACCAAGAUCAUAAGGCAACCAACAGCUUCUUUACUUCAUAUGCCUUUAAAUUUUCAUCAUUUCAUGGUUGUGUGUGUGUGCAGCAGAAGAACAGCAAGAGAAGAUGGGUUUUCAGGAAAACAUUUCUCCAUGAAACAACCACUAUACUGCAUCAUCAUGUCUCCAUGCAACAGGCUGAGGAUGCAGCAGACAGGCAUAAACACAAAGCAGCCCUUAUUGUUCAAACGUCAUUCAGAGGAUACCUGGCAAGAAGAGCUCUGGAGGCACUUAAAGGGGUUGUGAAGCUACAAGCCUUGAUAAGAGGUCACAAUGUAAGGAAGAGGGCAAAGAUGACACUAAAAUGCAUGCAAUCACUGCUUCGUGUCCAGGCUCAAGUCUGUGACCAGCGCAGAAAGCUUUCAACCUUCCCGGACUCCAUUACUACUCAAAAAGACGCAUCUUACAGAAUCCGAGCCAUGUCUCAAAAAGAUGCCUUCAACAAUCAGAUCUGGAGAUGUGAUCAAACUGAACAUGAGGAGUUGAAUCUGGACCCAAGAAUAGACACUUGCCAACGUUGUUCCUUAUCUCCACGCUGCGAGAGAUCACAGAAUCACUCUCAACAACAAAGACUAGACUUAAUCCCAAUUUCAUCUCCCCAAUCAUCCAUCUCAAGAGUCAAAAUGCAGUCAACCAGCCCUCGAAGCCAAAGAGCAGCUGGGGUCGUAAAUCCAAGUUACAUGUCUGCAACGACAUCAGCCAUGGCUAGAAUUAGACCACAAAGUGCAUCAAUGUCAAUGACAGAGCAAAAGUCUACGAGGAGACGCCUUUCUUUCGGUUUAUACAUGAACGCUGGUGGAGUCAGUGACGGCGAAUUAGACAGGAGCCCAAUUCCUAUUACGGAGAGAAGGUUAAGCAUGUCUUCUUGUCGCAAACAGAGUUGAAGAUGAGAUUUCCCGCUCUUCAAUUAGUGAAGAGAGAAGGUAGUUUAGAUGACAGUUUGAUGUUUUGUUUAUGUAUGUUGUGUUUCCCAUUUGAGUCCUUCAAUAUGAAGAAGCAUCUAGCUAGCUAUCGACAAGAAGAAUUCUGAGGUAUGCUAAAACAAAGGAAAACAUUUUUAAGACAGAUAUAUCUGCUGUUAAAUA